AUGCCAGCUGCUGCAGAAUAUAAACCUGGAUCUGAAAAGAAAGGUGCUACCUUAUUCAAAACCAGAUGUUUACAAUGUCAUACAGUAGAGGAAGGUGGACCACAUAAAGUGGGUCCAAAUCUACAUGGGAUCUUUGGCCGUCGUUCAGGUCAAGCUGUCGGCUAUUCAUACACUGAUGCUAAUAUCAAGAAGAAUGUGGAAUGGAAUGUAAAUAAUAUGUCUGAAUAUUUAACUAAUCCAAAGAAGUACAUUCCGGGUACUAAGAUGGCCUUCGGUGGGUUAAAGAAAGAAAAAGACAGAAACGAUUUGAUCACAUAUUUGAAGAAAGCUUGCGAAUAA